AUGGCCGGAGGCGGCGACCACAACUCCCAGACGAACGGAGGUCACGACCAGAGGGCCAUGGAGGAGGGCAGGAAGGAGGAGUACGCUGACCAGGGCUGCGCCGCCAUGGUCGUCUCCGUCCCAUUCAUCCAGAAGAUCAUCGCGGAGAUCUUCGGCACCUACUUCCUGAUGUUCGCGGGUUGCGGCGCGGUGACGAUCAACGCGAGCAAGAACGGGCAGAUCACGUUCCCGGGGGUGGCCAUCGUGUGGGGUCUGGCCGUCAUGGUGAUGGUGUACGCCGUGGGCCACAUCUCCGGCGCGCACUUCAACCCGGCCGUCACCUUCGCCUUCGCCACCAGCGGGCGGUUCCCGUGGCGGCAGCUGCCCGCGUACGUGCUGGCGCAGAUGCUGGGCGCCACGCUGGCGUCGGGCACGCUGCGCCUCAUGUUCGGGGGGCGGCACGAGCACUUCCCGGGGACGCUCCCCACGGGGUCCGAGGUGCAGUCGCUCGUCAUCGAGAUCAUCAUCACGUUUUACCUCAUGUUCGUCAUCUCCGGCGUCGCCACAGACAACAGAGCGAUCGGGGAGCUGGCAGGGCUGGCCGUGGGCGCAACCAUCCUGCUUAACGUCCUCAUUGCCGGGCCCGUCUCUGGCGCGUCGAUGAACCCGGCCCGGAGCGUGGGCCCUGCGCUGGUGAGCGGGGAGUACCGGUCCAUCUGGGUGUACGUGGUGGGCCCCGUGGUGGGGGCCGUGGCCGGGGCGUGGGCAUACAACCUGAUCCGCUUCACCAACAAGCCCCUCCGCGAGAUCACCAAGAGCACCUCCUUCCUCAAGAGCAUGAACAGGAUGAACUCCGCCUCCGCCUCCGCCUGA